AUGGAAGAUACAGGAUCUUCGAUGAGUUGUGGGGCCACAGUCAUGUCAAGGGGCCACAUACAGCGAGCGUGCGCCGCGGCCGACUAUUACCGCUCCCGCCGCGUCCCGGAGAGACUGGAGGAGGCUCUGAACAGCAUCUAUCACCGGGGACCGGAAGACGUGUACGGACACCUGUCUAAUUACUUUGCUGAAUUCUCCGACCCUCCGGUGAUAACUGAUGUCCGUGCGCGGCAGGUGCUGGACGGCGCAGGAAACGCAGCGCUGGAGGCCGCCGCCGUGUGCCGAGUGCGGAGCAUGGAGAAGAGAGUCAGUGCCGCCGCCGUCUCUGUAGACCCCGCGACGCUCCUUACCUGUGAGGCCGCUGGAGACGCUGAGACUCAGAGGCUGGAGUCAGUGCAGACGGCCAUCAGAUGGAUACAGGACUCUGUAGGACCGGCCCUGAGAGGCAUGGAGCCCGGCGAGCAGAGCGCCAUCGACCAGCUGCUGAGUAAUUAUUUUAGGGUAAAGAAGCAAGAAGACAAACAAAGAAGGGAAGCUGAGAGCGAGCGCGUCCCAUCCCCUCCAGUGUCCGCCCCAUCCCCCGCAUCCCCACCCCCGUCCAGCAAGAAGAAGGCGAGCGGUAAAGGUGAGAGCGCCAGAUCCUGUCACAUGGCUAAACACUCAGCGGCAAGACCUCCAGUGAUUGGCUGGUCCCAGAGAAACCUGCGCAAUGCAAGGGGCGGCAGCACCGGAAAAAGCCGCUUCCCCCCGGCAGAACCUCAGGAGCCCGCCACCAGGGGCGCCCUUGCGAUGGCCGCAGUAUCUCUGGCUAUAGCAAAGAGCAGUGCCGCCCUUCGAGACCUGCCGCUGUACUCCCACAUUGCUACAUUUAAGCAGCAGCAGCCACCUCCAGAGCUGCUGAUCCCGGCGCCGCUGAUCUCCCUGCUGAGCUGCGCAAAGUCGUCGCCUGGGAAACUCAACCUCAUGAAGGAUCUGGUGGUCCCAAAGCCGGGGACAGCGAUAGCACAGGGUUUGAAUUUCACCUCAUCUCUUCAGACACAAAUCCUGAAGCAAAUGGAGACACCGAGUAAUAAGGGCGGACAGUCGGUAAUUAAGGGCGUGUCCCCGCUGGGCUGCCUCGUCCUCGCCUGCGACCGCCUGGAUCAACCUCUGGAGUUAAUCCGAGACGCCUGCGAGCAACUCGGCCUGGAACUGGGAACCAAUGUGUAUUUAGCCAUAAAUUGCGCGGCCCACGAAUUAAUGGACUACAAUAAAGGUCGAUAUGAAGUGGUCAGUGGAACCUGGAAGAGUCCGGACGAGAUGGUCGAUCUGUACGUGGAUUUAAUCACGCGGCAUGGCGCCAUCAUGGCGUUAAUAGACCCGCUCAGGAAAGAGGACAGGCAGCAGUGGCGGGCGCUGGGAAGAGCUGUCGGCGCCAGAUGUCACCUGAUGGCGGAUAUGGCAUUGAGAUCAGUGAGCGACCUCCUGCAGGGCAAUAACCAUCCCGUCUGCAGCGGCCCCAUCCUCAAACUGACCGGUGAGACGACCGUGUCCGACCUGCUGGCCGCCGUACGGCUGAUCGAAGGAGAGAAUCGUCUGACAGUUUUGGGGUGCUCGUCUGAGGAGUGUGCAGAGGACAGCGUGGUGGAUCUGGCCGUGGGUCUUGGUGUGAAGUUCAUCAAGGUAGGAGGUCUCCUGCGCGGCGAGAGGACGGCCAAAUACAACCGACUCCUGGCGAUAGAGGAGGAUCUGACGUGCAGUGGCAUGCUGGGUAAUAAUGGGGGGGGGGGAUGGCUGCAGAGUAGAACAUCUGUGCUACACUGUGAAAGGGAAGCGGUGAUCGGGGUACCCCCAUUAGACCCCCCAGCCACCAACUGCGCCAAUCACAGGGCUUGAAAGGGGUCACAUGACAAUGACCAGCAGUCUGAGGGUCAUUGCUCCGUCCUGAUCGGA